CACGUCUCUAAAAAACAUACCCUUUCUUCCAUUUGUCCUUUCCUCUGAAGCGGGUUCUUUGCAUAUACCAGAUUUAUUCGCUGAACAUGUUACUCGCGGGAAGCCACCGCCUCAGUUGCACACAGCACAAAUGUUAUACUUUAAUGUCUCGGCACGCUGUGCGUGUACGUGCGACUACGAAUACCAGCCAUCAAGUCCUCGAGUCUACCCUAACCUCCGAUUGCUACACGCGCGAUCCUCAACUCCAGACAGCACUGGAUGACCUCUUUGCGGAUACGAUUGAUAAAGGGCACAGGCGUGUGCAGAAAGCGGACAUUGCCCACCACACAGAACGCAUCGAGCAGCUGGGCAAGCGACUGGGUCUGAACCGGAUCAAGCCGGAGUGGAACGAUGGCGCCUUUCGCGGCCUGCUGACCAGCAUCACCACCGGCAUCAAUGAGGAGGACCAGUGCACCCUGGCCCGGCUCACAUUCGGCCAGGUGGGUCCCCCGGACCUCAUGGUGGAGUUGGAUCAGGCGGAGGCUGCAGGACUGCACGGGGAGCCUGAUCAGCUCAAGGGGCCCCUAGCCAACAUCCCGGACAAUCCCGCCCGAGGAUACGCGUUGGUGACCUACUUCAAGAUCCUUAGCAACGGAGUUUUCGGACGGAUGACUGCCAGGGCGCGGUACGAUUUGGACGAGGAAGACACCACCAAGCUGCAUGUGACCUUCACCGGCUUGCUGCUGGAACCGGCAACUUCGGACGCGCAAUCUCUGGCGCUCUGGAGGGACGCACUAGGGGAGUGUAACCCAAGCAUGUUUACCUACAACCUGCGCAGAAGUUACUCAUUUCACCGCACCCCACAACAGGGCCCCGACGGAUCCAUCGUGGUGGAUCUCAAGGUCCAGCCCCGGGCCUGGACCCGCUACCUGGUCAUGGAGCCCGAUCUGAACCUAGGACUCUCCAUGCGGGGCUCCCUCAUGGCGGCGUUGGAGGAGCUGUUUGCGGUCACCGUACGCAAGGGCCUCAGGCGUUUUCAGAAAGAGGACAUCCAACACCACAUUGAACGGAUCGCGGAACUGGGCUGUCGACUGGGCCUCAACCGGGUCAACCCCCAGUGGAAUAACGGCACAUUCCUACAGAUCCUCACCACAACCACAAGCGGUGUGUCCAUUGGGGAGGUAUGUUCGCUGCAGCGCCUCACGUUCGGCCAGGUGCGACCAGCGGACCUGCAGGUGGAGCUGGGCGACGCGUUCCAAGUGGGCAGGGGAGGAACUGCGGGAAACGCCUCAAGUCCUAGGUCUUUACAUUUCCUGUGCGACUGUGCGGGGCAGAAAACUCCGGGUGCGGUGUCAGCAAUUCGGGGGCAAGUGCCGGGUGUGGAGGGCAGCGCAGUCAACGCAUAUGCCUUGAACACAUACUUCAAGAUCGUGCAAAACGGCGUCGAGGGGACGAUGGCACCCGAGGGUCUGUACGACACCGACGAAGCGGAGCCUAGCCGGCUGCGUGUCACCUUCUCCGGUUUCAAGGUCAGUCCAGAGCGCCAGGACGCACAGUCGCUGGCGCUGUGGCGGGAGACGCUGGAGGGGCACAACCCGGAGAUGGAUGAACAUGGCGUGAUUCGGAUCGUGUUUCCCAAGCCGAUCCGUGCCACGAUCGAAUACAUACUGAUGGAGCCCGACCUGCACAUGCAUCUGGGGGCCUCUGGCGACUUCACUGCGGUGCAGCGGCAGCAGCAGCCCAACUAG